AUGCCCUCAGACAUGACGUUUGAUGAAAAUUCCGGCAACUACUUUCCCACGCUGCACAUGAACGAGUUCUGGCUGCUGCGGGACAAGCUCAUUCAGCUCAACAGCACCGUCUCCAAAGUCCCACUCUCCCUCGUGGUGGAGACGCUGCCGCUGUGGCGCUGGCAGAUCUACCUCUCCAUGGACCAGUCCUUCAAGCUGCAGCAGCAGUUCGGCACCGCCAUGGAGUCAGAAUCAGAUGAGCUCAAGAGGGUGUUCCUGGAGGGCAAUCCCAUUCUGCUGGGAAUCACGGUGGUGGUGUCCAUCCUGCACUCCGUCUUUGACUUCUUCGCCUUCAAAAACGACAUUGCGUUCUGGAACCAGAACAAGUCAAUGGAGGGUCUAUCAGCGCGGUCAGUGGUGAUCAACUUCGUGUGCCAGCUGAUCAUCUUCCUGUACCUGCUGGACAACAACACGUCGUGGCUCAUCCUCAUCUCCUCCGCCAUCUCCUGUGGGAUCGAGUUCUGGAAGAUCGGCAAGGCCAUGCACGUCGAGAUUGAUCGUUCGGGUAGCAUUCCCUGGGUGAGGUUCAGGGAUCGCGAGUCGUACGCGCGCAACAAGACGAAAGAAUAUGAUGCCAUCGCUAUGCGCUACUUCUCCUAUGCACUCUACCCGCUCGUUGCUGGUUACGCCGUGUACUCGCUCAUAUACGAGACGCACAAGAGCUGGUACUCCUGGGUUCUCAACUCGCUCACUGGCUGCGUCUACACCUUUGGCUUCAUCAUGAUGUGUCCGCAGCUGUUCAUCAAUUACAAGCUCAAGUCGGUGGCACACCUGCCGUGGAGGCAGAUGACGUACAAAUUCCUCAACACCAUCGUGGACGACCUCUUUGCCUUUGUCAUCAAGAUGCCCACGCUGCACCGACUCUCCGUCUUCAGAGAUG